AUGACAGACGUAGAAAGUGCAAGGAUGAAAAGCCCAAGCUUUACCCCAAAACACGGAAGAUCACUCCAGCCGUUCUCCUUCUUCGUUCUCAGUUCUCUCUCGUCGAUCGCCGACUCCAGCCGCUCGUCGGUCGCCGCUGCUGCUGCCCGGUACUCGUUCUUUGCUGCCAUCGUCUUCAACAUCGACAGAUGCUUAUUCUCCUGCGACAUAGUACAUACCAUCAAAAUAGAUGAAGAAACUUCAUCAGUCAAAACAAAGAAGGAAUUUACAGCAUAUUCGGUGAGGGUAUUAGUUGCAUAUGUUUUUGUUAUUUGUUGUGUUGCUGGAUUUGCAGAUUAUAAUGAAGAAGGAGUUGGUGAAGAAACUUUGUUGGAGCUUGAGCUUGUGGAUCUAAAGACUAGGCACCUUCCUCAGUUGCAAGAAGUUUCAACAUUUGGAAUCAGAUUUCCUGCUUUGAGACCACCACUCUGCACCAACCCCUUUAUAUGUAAUAGAGUAAAUUACACGAAUGGUCCCUAUUGUGUGGGGUAA